CAACCCCCAGAAAUAGUUGCAAACUGGAAUUUGCAAUAAGUUUUUUUUCCCCACCCUUAUCUCCAAAUUUAUUUCUAAAGUAUAGAGAGGGGGUUGGCGAGAUUAGUUGGUCGUGAGGCUAUCGGGUUAAGAUUUCCGAUGAUUUGAUCCCCAGCCAUCAGGAUGGAACGGCCGAGCAUAGUAACCCAGGCCUCUGUGUUGCCCUUCUUCGACCCUAGUCAUGCCCUCAACAUCCUGCAGGGCAUCAACGAGCUGCGGAUAGAGCGCAAGUUUUUUGACAUGACCCUGUGGGUGGAUGGCCAGGACUUCCCCUGUCACCGCACCGUGCUGGCAGCAGCCAGCCACUACUUCAAGGCCAUGUUUGCUGGCCGGCUGAAGGAGAGCUAUGCCGAGCGGGUGGAGCUGCAUGGGGUGAAGGCCGACAUCCUAGGCCUACUGCUGGACUUCUCCUACACUGGCCAGGUGACUGUCACCCAGAGUAACGUGGAGCCUCUGGCCCGGGCCGCCGACCUCUUCCAGUUCCACUCAGUGAAGGAGGCAUGCUGUGCCUACCUGGAGCGCCAACUGGACGUGACCAACUGCCUGGAGAUCCAGGAGUUCGCUGAGGCCUACGCCUGCCGGAGCCUGGCCGAGAGUGCCAAGAGCUUCAUCCUGCGCCACAUCAUCGAGCUGUCGGAGGAGAAGGAGUUCGAGGCGCUACCCCAGCGCCGGCUGCUCGAGUACCUGUCCGACGACAGGCUGCACGUCGACAAAGAGGAGGUGGCCUACCAGCUGGCGCUGCGAUGGGUCAAGGCCGAUCCCAAGCGCCGGCUGCGCUUCUGGCCUGAGCUCUUCGAGCACGUGCGCCUGCCCUUCAUCCGCCGCUUCUACCUGCUGGCCUACGUGGAGAGCGACCCGCUCGUCUACUACUCCCCAUUCUGUCUCAAGCUCAUCCACCAGGCCCGGGCCUUUCAGUCGUCCGAGUACGACCGGCAUGACUACCCGUGUGAAAGAAUGAGGGCCCGCCCCUCCACUGGCCUGGCCGAGAUACUGGUGGUGGUGGGCGGCUGCAACAAGGACUGUGACGAGCUGGUAACGGUGGAUUGCUUCAACCCACAGACUGGCCAGUGGCGAUACCUCGCCGAGUUCCCUGACCACCUGGCUGGAGGCUACAGCAUCACCGCCUUCGGCAAUGACAUCUAUGUAACAGGUGGCUCUGAUGGGACAUCAUUAUACGAUUGCGUGUGGCGAUACAAUUCCAGUGUAAACGAGUGGACUGAAGUUUCACCCAUGUUGCAAGCCCGUGAAUACCACAGUUCCGUUGUACUGAAGGGACACAUUUACAUUCUCGCCCACGACAGCCUAGAACGCUACGAUCACUCUAUGGACAGUUGGGAGGCCCUGCAGCCAAUGCCAUUCCCCAUGGACAACUGCUCAAGCACGGCUUGUCGAGGCAAACUAUACACCAUCGGAACCCUUACUGGCGAGGAAUCGAUGGCAAUUCAGUGCUACGACCCUGAGGUUGACUUGUGGAAUAUGGUGACGUGCGGCUCAUUGCCUCCGUGGUUACUUGUGCCAAAGAUGGUGACUCUCAAUGGAUUAAUAUACUUUGUCCAGGAUGACUCUGCAGAGGUUGAUGUGUAUAACCCAACAAAGAAUGAAUGGGACAAGAUCCCACCCAUGAAUCAGGUCCACGUUGGGGGAAGUGUGGCUGCCCUGGGGGGAAAGCUGAUUGUUUCUGGAGGCUACGAUAACACCUUUGAAUUAUCUGACGUAGUUGAGGCCUACGACUUUCAGACUGGCUCCUGGGCGAUUUUGGGUCACCUUCCUCAACCUACCUUCUGGCACGGGUCUGUCAGCAUUUUUCGACAGUUCAUGCCCACUGCCCGGGUCUCCUUCGAAGGAACUGCCAAUGACAACCAGAACAUUGAAAUAAAUAGUCUAAAUCUGGCCCGGUAUCGAAGGAAUCUUCACAAUGAGAACCUUCGCCUUUUGCACUGAUCCCAUUGGAAUGAAGGCUCAGACGUGUACAGUGAAAGCUACUCUGGCAUCCUCAAACCAGCUGGCUGCCUCCAACUUCCAAAAGAUUGCCAACAAGUAGUGAACUGUUUAGUGUCAAUUUAGUGAUUGUCUUUCCUUUCAUUUAAAAAUUGUCCUUGUUGCCACCAUCAGCAGUCACUGGUCUGACCGAAUUUGGUUUUGCCUUGGUUUGCAAAUAUUCCCUGGGUUUUAGCAUUGACUGCUGGCUUGAUUAUUCAUUUGGAGUUCACUAAAAAUAGGAAGAUAGAAGUUUUGUCUUCCUGGACUUCUUAUCAAUUAUCAUUUGUUAUAAAGCAUUGGUUAAGAAAGAAAAUUUACCUUUAUAUAGCUCCAGAUUAUAUCCAGUUAAAGCUUCACUUGCAGUCAGUUUACUUUUGAAGUUCAGCAAUGUUGAAAAAUGAAGGAACCAUGCUGUGCAUAGCAGAAACCAUGAACAGGAAUGUGGAUAAUUAUUUAUUUUAAUGAUAAUGCUUGAAGGAGAGAUAUUGGAAUGAUAGGACAUUGAAGAAAACACUAGUAAUCAGGGAGAUGGAAUCAUUGUUUAAUGCUCUGAGAAGAGGAACGUAACUUUUUUUUCUAAUAUGAAAUUGAUUCUAAGUCAUACAAAUCAGACAACAUUCACAAUCGUGAAACCAGGGCUUGAGUAGGUCAAAAACUGAGGGCUUUCUUUUGCGAUAAUCUCCAGACCAAGCUUCUAAAAUGGCUAAUGUUGUCAUCAAAUUCCAGGGCUGCUGUUGCUGGGCUGGCUGAGGAUAAAUUAGAAAGUGCAACUACAGUAAAACUUUAAUAGUUUGGAAAUCCCAAUGUUUAACAACUGGGUCGCUGCAUGCUCAUUCCUAUGCUUCCUACAAAUACACACGAAUCCUGAUUUCCAUGCUCUCUUUAAAUUUAGUGUUUGCUGGAAAUCUUAUUACUAAAGUGUAAAAGGAGAAUUAAAAGUGUCUUGGAAUAUAAAUUGAAAUACUAAUCAGUAGUUCAAAAAAAUCUGCCAGUUCAGCACCACUGAAGUCCCUAGUAUGCUGGUUUAACAGAAUUCUACUUUAAUUGGAAUGCUGUAAUGCUGGCACAAAAAUUAUGAGAUGAUUGGCCUCUUAAUGUACUUUGAUUCUUGUGAAUGCAAAAGUCAACAGAUGAUCUGUCACAUGGCAUUGCAGAUGCUAUUUAAAAACGUCACUUGGUGUAAACACUGUCAGGUGCAGGACUCUUCAAUGAAGCUGCAUGUUACAGUGAGGUCCUACUGUAAGUUUAAAACCAAACUCUGUUUGGGGAUGGGCAAGUAGAGACUGAACACAGCUUAAUAUUGGGUACAUUUGGCUUUGGCCUUGUACUGCAACUGUUGCACAGAUUAGUGAUAUUUACUUGAAAGUGUUGAUGGUUUUGUUGGCUUUUGAAAAGAUCUUGUUGCUUAAAUUCAGUACAACACUGUGUGACCCUGAGCGAUGGGAACCGUGAAGGUGUCAGUUCCAUCUUCUGUCUGGUGCCCUCCAUGAUCCACCAGCUUUCUGUGAUUCACUGUUGAAAGACCUGGAUUCAUAUCAGACCUUUCAUAACCUAGGAAAUGCGAAAAGUACUUUAUAGUAACCUAGUACAUUUUGAAUUGUUAAGCAGGGUAAUAAUUUGGGCAACUAAUUUGUGCAGACAAGGUUUCACAAAUUACCCAAUUAAUCAUUUGCAGUUUGUUGAUGGAUGUGUGACACCAGAUGCAGGUGUGAAAAUAGGAAGUGAUUUGAGCUACAUAUGUUUUCUAAACAUCAGAAGAAUUUUAGCAGUGAUGCUAUUUUUUAAUAUGGCAACAGUAAGAGCAUGAACUAUUGCUCACCCAGUCAGACAUGGGAACCAUUGAUACUUCCAGCUAUUGAACAGGAAUUAAAGGACUCCAGGCAGACUUCAUCAACAGUCCUUUGAAAGUACUGUCUUUUUGCAUUUUAAGGUUGAAUCUGAUUAGAUUAAGUUCUGAAUGAAUCUUAGAUUGUACUCCCCAAUUCUAAACCUUCACUCAAAUGGUGAUAUGGUAUAUUUUAAUUUGCUUCAGUUUCCCCACAGUCCUCAAUCCCCUCAACAAUGUACCACCCAAAUUCAGAAGGAUAGAAUCUGCUUCUGGUAAAGGCUUGUUCCAGAUUAUCUCCUCUGAGUGGAAUGGAUGGGGUACUUGCAUUAAUAUUUAUAAAGUGGAAAUAACGAGAGUGCAAUUAAAUAUUUCAGUUUGGAAUAAAUCACAAAAUGAAAAAUUUUGUCUGUUUGCAAAAACUAAUGCUGUGGAUAACUUAGUGAUGUGAAUACAAUGUGAAACAAAUUUGCUGGAAGCAGGAUUCUGUCCAUUUGUUCGGAAGGAUGUCAAAUGUGUAAGAGUUUUGCUCAUCUGUCUCUUAUUCCUAAAGGCACUGCCUCUUGCUGGGUUACGAUUUGAGGCCCUAUUUUCCAAUCAUCCAUUAUUUCUCUGUCAACUUAACUCACUAAUACUUAUAUGAAAAUAGAGCAAGUCAUUUGAUCACAGUUGGAACUGAGAUAUCCUCCCUUAUGAUUUAUCCUUCUUCCUUAACUUGGUGUACUGAAGCCAAGAGUAGUCCCACAGCCUGGUGGCUGAGGUGAGAUAGUAGAACCUGUGCCUUUGCUGGUUCAGAGUUCAGCUCAGGUGGAGAAACUUCCUUGAAGAUUUUUUUGGAACUUUGAAUUACAAUAUUAUUAUUUUAUAUAUUGAAGAGAAAUGAACACUUGAGAAACUUAACAGUUGCCUUUCAAAAUCUCUGGCCUAUGCUGUGAGUUUUGAGCACUAUUUCCUGGUUUUAUCUUGAGUUUUCAGUGUGUAUUGUUGAAGUGCAGUGAAUUGUUGUAUAUACAUGCAGUUUAUAUUGAAGUUACACUACAGAUUCCACUAAAUAAAAUGUUUAUACUUCAAGCUUGACAGUGUUUUACACUUUGGCAUUUAGUUAUCAUUAAAUUUUGAGUCUUUGUCUUUCUCAGUGUGAGUUUUAAUGCUGGUGGGUGAAGAUGGUGAAACACAGAGCAGUCCCAAGAUCAUUGCAAAUUAAAUAAUAUACUUCAGUCAGAUGAUGAGCAAAUGAAUGCUGAGGUCUCCUGUUGUGUCGGCAUUGACCAUUGAUAUUGUAUCUUAGCUGUCAUUAGUGAGGCAGUACAAUAUUGAGAUCGAGCUUUUUUCCAUGCAGCAGAUUCCCCCUCUCUAUGCAGCUGAUGAACCCAAAGGAACAGCAGAGACUGCUACAGUUUGGCACUACCGUGUCACAGGAGUUGCCAGUCGGUGUUGAACUCAAUAUAAGACUGUCCUAGCGAUUCCAGCUCUGGAUUUUUCCUUUGGAUUUACUCCUGAAGCUUCCCCAUGUGUGGGUAUAGCCACAAGGCAAUGGAAGUUUGAGAUCAUAACUCCUUGUUGAGCUGCCAACCACAGCCGACGAACCCCAGCUGCCCAGAGCGACAGGUUUUAAGGUGCCAGUAACCUGCCUUUGCCCCUUCUGUCAAUUGAAACAGUUCCACUGGGCUGAGCAGCUAAUCCACAUAUCAAGACUAAGAGCUGGACUUGGUUGUCAGAGGCUAUUUGAGACACAUGCCAUUAGGAGCAUCUAAUAGGUAGUGGGAGUUUAUACUCACUUCUUCCCUCUUCCCAAGGCUAUGACAACCUUAAAGAACCAAAGAAUGCUAAAUAAAUGAUAAAUGUAAGCAUUUAUCUCAAGCAGUGCUAGUUUUCACAUUUACUCAAUACAACCCACCAUCACAAUGAAAUGAGUGAUUGAUCAUUUGAUUAUGAGAAGUUACUACAUCAGUUACUACAUCAUGGUCCUAUUGGUGUAGUCCAAUGGACUUUUUAAAGAAAAUCCACAGCAAUCCACACUGCAGCUUUUACUAAAUUAACAAGGAAGUACUCCUAAUGCUAUCCGGGAACAGAUUUGGUUUGUGAAUUUCCUGUAUUAUUUUUCAUCAUGCAGGCUUAUAUGUGGUCCAAAAUGACUUGGGCACUAGUUGGGAAUUAUCUGUAAAACUAUGGUUUGGUUUAGUUUGACCUUUGUUUUUUGAGAAAAUUUCCUCUAUAAUAGCUUUACUACUACUUAAGCAUUUAAUAAUUCACACAAACUUGAAUAUGCUACCAGUAUGCAUUUUGCUACACAUUUCAUACUUCAUUGUCAUUUGAUUAUUCCUUUAAAUUUAGAAAAUUUAUCUUGAAUAAACUUAAAUGAAUAAAUCUAAUGCA